AGACGCACCGCAUGAAAACAAGCUGACUGAAAUCCACAGCUUCACAGUAGACUACAAAACUUCUGAAAUCACCAUACUUAGAAGAAAGUUACUCCUUCGUUUAGGAAGAUUUCAGAUGCUUCAUACUUGAUUUGCUUUUUUGCCAACACAAUGAAGGAAAUGUCCUGCUUCUGCACGACUUUUUCUUCCUUGUUGGAACAGAUGGUGAAGGCUUACAAAUACAUGACUGGUAUUUUUUCAGUGACUCAUACCUCAGAGCAACAGGCUUCAGAUCAUGAUAAGCAGCCAACCAAGAUGGAUGUAAGCUUACUCGAGGAGCAGUAUGACCAUAUAAAACAGAAGCAAAAACUGCAGUCACAUAUUAUUGUAUUUAAAACAGGUGAACAUGAAUCGGUUCUCCCAGAAUCAAUGGUCAAUGCUGUUUUAAUUAAUAAAAAAGUUAGAAGAUCAAAGUCAUUUACAGAACGUGUUCCUGUCAGAAAGGUCAGGCUGGAGAUGACCAGCAGUGGCAACGUACAAGACAACUCACCAUGGCAUACCCACCUGGGAAUUCACCGCCUGGUGCAAACCCCUUGUCAAGGAGUUACCUGGGAUCUUUCCCACUGCAAGAAUGGACCAUGCAGUUUUGAUAAUCAGAGACUGAUUUCAAAGGAAAAUGGCACAGUGCAAGCCAAGGAAUUAGAAGGAGCAAGUGAACUAUCCACGCUCAGUCAACCGGGAAGUUCAAGCAUGUUGAACAGUUUCACUAAAGAGAAUGGCAGCAACAUUUCAAGCACCUGUCAAAAGCCGUCUCCGAUAUCAGCCACUUCACCAGUUUGGACACAUCAACAUAUUUCUUCUACAAAACACAUGCCAGCCUGCAAUAAACUGAACUUUUACCCUUUCCCUAUAAAAAAGGGCCCAGAAUUUCUGAAGCAGCAAGGAGGCUUGGAUUAUAUGUCUCACAAUGAAGACAUUCGGUAAUACAUAAAACUGAGUCAAAAACUUGACUAAAACUUAAAAUAGCAAAAUAGCCUUCCUACUUACACUGAUCGACCUGCUGAGUGUCUACUCUUUUUAUUAGCCAAGGAAGAUCUUUACUAUAUAAUCUGUUGUUUUACAGUAGUGUAAAAUGAGAUGUUCUCAUGAAGAUGCUGGGCUGCAAUGACAGAUGCUCACUUCUGUUAUUUGAGAUAGAAUAUAUAAUUGAGAACAAUUUUAUUUUUUUUCCCUAUUUUCACAUUACUGAUUUUAGAAACUAAGAUUUUAUCACAGCAAUAUCUGAAAUCUCUGAAAGAGCUAUAGCAAAGACUGGUAGAACUACUGAUGGAGCAACUAGGCUAAAUUUCAGUAUGGUAGUAUUUAAUUAGACAAUAAACAAGCAACAAAUGAAAUGGUAUUGAAGGUGAUUGGUACCCUUAACAUAUGAUGUCAUCAUUCACUUUUCUUGAAAAAAGAUUCAAGAUACUUUCUGAUGUGUGUAUUUUUAAAAUCAAUUAAUAAAACCUCUGCUCAUUUCUAAUGCUGUUUUAAUGGGACUUAGGAAAUGUCACCUUUUUCUUAUACAUAAAUUCUAUAACAACAUAUUGUUAGUUCCCAUCUAUGCCCAGUAUUUAAUUAGAAAACAAAAGUCUGAAAUAAUUACUUCGCUCCUCGAUACUAUAUAUCAACGUAUCUUCCUUACUAGAAGAAGUAUAAUGAAUCUUUCUGCUGUUACAACUGUAGGCACACAAAGGGGAUACAACCGUUUCACCUACACAAAUACAACUGUAAUAGUACAAUCGGUUUUUAUACGCAGGGUGUAACAUUUUCUCUUGUGGCACAACUGCACCACAAACCCGUGCAAGUUUCAAGAAAUUAGAAGUUACUGCUGGUCUCCCCUCCUGCAAGAUCUUUAGAAGAAGUAGACACUCUUUUGUGGGUGCUUUUCAAUGACAAAAAUAUGAGCUACGUCUCACCCACUUCUGGCUGCAAGUAUUCAGACAGGUCUCUUUCUCAAAUGUAGGCGUCAGAAAAAUUGAAGACUUGAUGACAUCAAUUUCAAGCUACACACCUGGCAGCCACUGGUUCUUCUGAACCAUUCCAUAUCUACCCGAGCUCUGAAAGGACAGCACAAUGAGGAUCAGGUGGACAGCCUACAAAGCUCUUCAUGAUCCCUGCAAACGCUCUGCAAGCACACAUCCCCAGUUACCACCGCCGUCCCAAAAUCACACCAUCUACACACACAACAAAAAGUGAGAAAAAAACGCCAAAGAUGCUCAGCUGUGGUGUACAUCCUUCUAGACACAAACUCUUCUCAGCAAGAAAGAUAAAUCAUCCCCUCAUAAGAUAACUUGAAAACAGAGUUAAUACCAACGUGCAAAUAAAAUCCUAUUGUCAAAGAGAUAGCAGUGUUAUCCAUUUCUAAGAGAAAGUACCAUUUUCUUUGCAUCCAACACAACUUCAAACCAAUAAUCCUUCAUACAAUUCCACUGACUUUUGUUGUGCUUGAUGGAGGAUACUACAUCUGGAGAUGUUUGCACAGAUCUGUCAGAGCCUACUCUUCCGUUACGGGAGAUUCACAGCUGCAAGUGCACCACAGUACUUUGUU